UUACCUGUCAACGAAAAUGAGCCUUCAGUGUGGACGCAGAAGAAAAAUUUACCGGAAGUGACGAAAAGUUUCGAAAAUUAUAUGCGUAAGCAAGUCCUUGAGGAUCUAGCUAUUUCGGUAUUGCAGUGCUGCGAUACACCAAUUGAUGUGGAAUUUGCUGAGAAGUUACCCUCUUCACCGUUCUGUUUCCCGUGUGGUUUCAGUCGAGAAUUUCAAGCAGAUCGUAUCAAAAUUCCUGAAGGUCUUUUCGAUUUGAAUUAUUUGAAGAACGUCGUUCCGUCAACACUAAUGAAUGCUUCGCAGAUAGCUUACACCAGCUGUGGAAUGUGCGAUAUUGACAUUAGACCGACGCUGUACAGUAAUUUAAUAGUGACCGGUGGUAACUCGCUGAUAAUGGGCUUCACGGAACGACUGAAUUACGAUCUGGCCAGGAAAUGUCCACCGACAAUAAAACUUCGCGUCAAUUCGGCCCCAACACCAAUGGAGCGAAGAUUUGGCGCAUGGAUCGGUGGAUCUAUUUUGGCAUCGCUGGGUGCCUUCCAACAAAUGUGGGUGAGUCGUGCCGAAUACGAUGAUACUGGCCGGACGUUAGUCGACAAAAAGUGCCCAUAA